AUGGACCUUGAUACGUGUCAUUCACACGUCUCCUCCACCGGUUCUGCCUUAUCUUCCCCCAUUGAAUUUUUAACAUCGGAUCUCCAUUUCUUCUGUUUCAAUGUGUCAUCCAUACCCUUCACCGCCUCUCUCUUCUCCCUGCUUCGCACCCUCGGUCACGUUAUCUUCCCUCCUGCUCCAGCGUCUAUACUGAAUGAUCACCCCCGCCACUUCGCCACCGUCUCCAUCGAGCCAACUCGGAGACUGCUCCACAGUUAUCAACGUCGGCUUCCAGAUGAAUUUUCCGUCCAUCUAUUACACAAUUGGUUAGAUUUUGUCUAUCGCCUUCGACUUCCCAUCGAUCCGCAACCAGCGAUUAGGGAUUAUUGCUCCAGACAACUGAUAUGGUUGAGCGAUACCGACAGGACAAAAGGCUACGAUGUUGAUUUCUUCUCGGUGUCUCUUCAUGAGGUGUCUAGGGAUCCUGAGGCAUUGACAUCUCCCUGCAUAUAUACACAGUAUUUGGAGACGAAGUUUAACAAGUUUUUUGAUAUGAAUGAAGUGGAUGCUCUCUUCGAGGUGUUCUGUGAGUGUGCAGAGCUCAACCCUAAACCUGUUGAAGAGGAUGAACCUGAGGAGCAUAAUUGGAUAUUCAGUGCUGAUCAGCUGGGACCUGUCAUGGGUAUAAUAGAUGUAUUUGAUCAGGAAUGGGAUUUUUCACAAACUCAUUUCACCACAAUUGGUCAUCCAAAUGGACAUCAUGAUCUAGAAUGCAAUGUGCUUGAGCUUCAAAUAAAUGACCAAAGGUUUGAGGAUGUUGAAGAAAUGGAGAGCAACAACAGAAAUGGUGGCCAACAAUGA